AAAAAACUAUAAGUACGUGUUUGGAGGCGUGAAAACAAAAUGGCGCUGGUUCGACCUAGACAUUUGCUUAUACUCUUUUUAAUAACGUUCGUGAAGAGUGACCGGCUUGAUAUACAAUUACGGGAAUUGGUUCCGCUCAACACAUUUCGAGAAGCCGUAAAUGCUACAAAGACUGAUACUCUCAAUUUGCCAGCGAACGCUUCGUCAAUCAGAGAAAAUAUUACUGACACUUUCAGUUGCGAGAAUCGUACCUAUGGUUACUACGCUGAUGUGGACAAUGAUUGCCAAGUCUUCCAUGUCUGCCUACCCUCUCAAACGCCUUCAGGUCGUAAUGUUACCUACCGAUGGAGUUUCAUAUGUCCUAAUGAAACGGUUUUCAAUCAGGAAGUUCUAACCUGCACAUAUGCCGCGGAUUCAAUCGACUGCAAAGAUUCUCCGGACUUUUACCACCUAAACAUGGAAAUAGGAAAAGAACAGAACAAAACACAAGAAUCAAAGAAAGAAGGUAACAGAAAAAUUCAAAAGAGGAAGCCAGAGAAGAGAAGAGAGAACAUUAUAAUGCAUAACGUUAUAAUGGAAGAAGAAAUGAGAGGCAUUGAAGAUGAUUUAAAAGAACACUUGAAACCAAUAUUGGCGAAAAAAGAAACAGAUGCACCGAUUCUGAUUGAAGCAGUGAUUGAGAACGUUGAUACUGAUACAGAAGACACAGAAUUAGAUCAGAAGAAUGAAGAGGAACUAGACAGAAUUGUAAUGGAGAAGAAUAUAAGAAAUGUAAAAGAUAUGUACGGAGAGAAAAAUAAUGAAAAUAUUUUGAUAAUAACCGAUAAAAAGGAAAAUUUAAGUGGAUAUAACGAUAAUGAAAGGAAAGAUACUGAAAUUGAAAGUGUAGAUAAUGGUAAUGAAAGCAGAAAUAAUGAAAAUGAAAGCGAAGAUGAGAUGAAAGACUAUGGAAGAGAUAUGGAUGAUGGAAGAGAGUUGGAGAUUAAAAGAGAAGUUAUGAGAAAUGAAAGAGUUCUAAGAAGGAGGACCUUUAGGUUCAGAGGUGAUGUUUAA